AGAGGUAAGGUCUCCGUACACACUACCCUCCCCAGACCCCACUAAGUGGGAUUAUACUGGGUUGUUGUUGUUGUUUGUAUAAUGUACUGGUUAAAUAUAACUGGUGUGAGAACUUUGGAUUUGACUGCUCGCCUGCAUUUCUCCUCUUCUGUUUCCCUUCACCCCAAAAUGUGCCUGUAUAUAAAAUUCAUGCUAAUGCUUAACGAUGAAAUUCUAUUUCAAGGCUUGUGGUUCUUUUUCUUCAUUAUGCACAUUGACUAUAUCAGGUCCUUUUAAGUUGCGCUUACUCAUAUUAAAUACAAGUUCUUCGUUUAUCAACAAAUACCUAGGUGUAAUACAAUACAUUGACCAUGUCAGAUUAGCUGUUAAUCCCACAAAAUACAAUCUUCAUUUAACUGAUUGCGUGAGAAGAGACGUUCAGUGAAAAAAUAAACAAAUGACACUUUCAACUUCUUCCUUAUGGGAGAUCACAGGUUCUUUUGUCUCUACUUUUCCGUUGCUACAGUUUGAAGCGAGUUGCGCAAUGCCGUCUCUCCAAACAGCAUUGCCUCCUGAACUAGCCAACAAUGCUAUCCGACUUUAUCGUGAGUGUCUCCGACGAGCAAAAUAUAUUGGUAGCAAGGUUAUUAACUCCAUAACACAUUGCCCUUACUCACAACAAGAGCAACAUAACACAGAGCUUCUUGUUGGUAUGGUGAGACAGCAGUUCAAAAAGCAUAUGCACGAGACUGAUCCGGAUAGAAUUCAGAAAUUGAAGGAUGAGAUUAGAGAGAGAAGUACAUUGGCACUCUAGUACACUUUCCCAAGAACCUACACCACAUCCUGAUUCUACCUACUUGUGCUGCGAGGGGGCUCAUAAACCACAUGUUGCAUGAAUCUGAGAAGAUGACUGGCCGGAAAUUCAGCCAGAGUUCUUGAAAUUGCCUGUUCCAAGCAAAUUGACUUUUAGGACCAGACUGAAAGUUUGUUAUUAGCCCGAUGUUUUAUUAGCAUAAUUAAUGCAGACCAUACAGCAAUGCUAAAAGUUUUACCAGAAGUUGAGCUUGUGAUGAGGCUCAUUGUAAUCUGAAGAACGUGGCGUCAUUUCUGAUUAUCCCGAGAAUACAUUUUUCCAUGUUCUUGAUUGAUUAGAGCCCUGGAAUAAUUAAAACAUAUUCCCUCUGUUGUAAACUUGUCACCUUUCAGUUUGAGGUUCGAUUUUUCCAUUCUGUUUUUUCUUCACCUUUGAAGGUCAACUUUACUACAGUUUGGCCAGGAAUUUUGAGAAGUAUUUGUGGUACUUUUGAGAUGAAAAGGCCUUAAUCUUUUAAUACUAGUGUAUAACUCAAUAAAAAUGUUCAAGUGAUGAA